AUGGAAUACCAGAGAUACUCGUUGAUAACCCGAAACGACGACGACGAUGAUGACUACGAUGAUGAUGAUAAUAAGAAGCGCGCUCUGGCCAAGGGUGCGAUUAUCGGCAUCGUUAUCGGUGUUGUCGCGUUUGUUGUCUUUGCUCUUGUUGCAGCCGUCUGUCUCUGGCGUUUGAAGCUGAAAAAGAAGAAGAAGAUAAAUGAUAGAGACGGCUCUCAAGACAAUGAAAAUAGUAGCAGGAUCGAAGACAGAAGCAAGGAUGUCGAUGCCAGCUACAGUCUCGGCAACGACCCAGCCGUGGGCAACAAUAUUGACAUCUUGAGGGAUAUGGGCCUCCAAGAUGAGAUCCACCACGAGACGCCCAGAAAUACGUACAACAACAAUAAUACUACGGAUCCUCCCAGUCAAAUUGGUCCCUGCAAUCAGAUAACACCCGCGGAGAACCUGGCUGCCAACGUUGACGCCAGAUCUGACACCCACGUUGGCGGGAGCCAGUACGAGAUGAACACUGCCAGAACCGUCAUCUCCGAAAACCAGGGCCUGAAUAAUUUUAGAAACACGAUUAUCAGCGUCAGCAGUAUGGACGAUGAUGAUUAUAAUCGCUACGACCACGGGCCUGAAAAGUACGGAAGCCGCGGAUCCCCCAACCCCCAGAAUGCCAUUUAG